GAGGGAGGGAGGGAGGGAGGGAGCGAGGGGCCGGCGCGGCCAUGGCGCGGAGCUCCCUCUCCUCGCGCUUCCGCCGCCUCGACAUCGACCAGUUCGACGAGAACCGCUUCGUGGAGGAGCCCGACGCCGCCGAGGCCGGGAGCGGGGCCGGCGCGGCCGACAGCAACGGAGGGCCCGGCCCGGAGGUGGAAGCGGCGCUGCGGCAGGGGGACUUGCUUCGGGCCUUCCACGCUGCUUUACGAAACUCUCCUGUGAACACCAAGAACCCAGUAGCAAAGGAGCAGGCCCAGGAAGUGGUGCUGAAAGUCCUGACGUCCUUCAAAAGCAGCGAGAUCGAGCAGGCGGUCAACUCCUUAGACAGCAGCGGCAUCGACUUGCUCAUGAAGUACAUUUAUAAAGGAUUUGAAAAGCCGACGGAGAACAGCAGCGCCAUCCUACUUCAGUGGCAUGAAAAGGCAUUAGCGAUAGGCGGACUCGGCUCCAUCGUCCGGGUUCUCACUGCACGGAAAACGGUUUAAAAAAAAAAAAAAGCCGGAGGUCCCGAUACCGCCAAGAACAUUUUUUGGGAGCCGGGAAGAGCCCUCCACGUUUCGGGUUACUCCUCCACGAGAACCGGCGGCUUCCCACUCGAAACACAGUUGGAAGAAGGGAGGGAGGUUUUUAUCUUCCCUUGGGAGGCGCAGGGAGAAUGCAGCUGCGUUCGUUUUUCCGACUGAAGGACUCGGAGCCGGGAAGGGGAGGCAGCCUGCAAUUUUGCGUGGCAGCGGAAGGAAACGGGGGUGUGUGUGUGAUUUGCGUUGGCAACCGGAUGCCCAUUUCCUGAAGGGCAGGGUUGCUGCUGCUCUGGCCCACUGAAUGUGUGUGUGUGUGUGUGUGAAACUUUAAUUUAAACACAUUUGCAGUGUCGGGGUGGGGGGGGCGAGGCAUGGGGAGGGGGUGGUAGCUACGGUGUCAGAAGCAAGGGUGUUAAGGGAAGGCAGGCGUACUCAACGCAAGGGGGGCUUUUUUUAUUUGUUUGGGUGCAUAGUUAAGAAUCGCCGGGCUCAGCCAAGUUUCAUGUAAAGUGCCUGCUACUCUGUAAUUAAAAAGUUCUUGGAGAGUUAACUUUA